GUACGAGUCCGCGACUCGGCUGGCAGGGAGCUGAAGCAGCUCGUCAAGGGCAUGGACGACCUGAGGCAGGACGCGGUGAUGCAGCAGCUCUUCCGUUUGCUGAACGAUGUAUUUCAGGACUCCCAGCUGUCGCUGCGUACAUUCCAGGUCAUCCCGCUCUCGCCCUGCGCAGGAGUCGCCGAGUGGGUGGAGCACACGACCACCCUCGCAGAAAUCCUUUUCGGCCCUGUGGAGGGUGCGCACCAGAAGUACAGGCCGGAAGACUGGCUUCACCACCAGUGCAGACAGAAGAUGGUGGACGCCCUCCAGGCGGCCAAGAACGGUGACCGCCAAGCGCAGCCGCGCGCCUUCGCA